UGACGUGAGUUACAGACGGUAGAGACGUGAACGAUCGAAUGACAGUUUUAAGAUUUUAAAAUAUGUAUUAAUAUUGUUAUAGCAGAGAAAAUAUUUUUACAUUUUUUAUUCAUAUUUAAAACGAAUUAUUACAAUAGUAACAAAGUUUAUAUUAAGUGAUUAGUAAAUUCGGGGACUCGUAUCAGUGACAGUCACGUUUGUUUAUUGGUUAACAUCCGCCAUUUUGUACUGUCGUUUGUUUAGUGACUGGAUCCCUUUCCUAGUGAUGCUAUAUAAUUCUCCUGGAAUUAAUAUAUAUUGUGACUCUACCAGUGGUGUACAAUGUUUUUGCUAGAAACGUUGUUUUCAAAGGGAAUACAUUAAAACGUGUGACUUGUCAAAUUGACGUCGGUAUAUCAUCUACCUGUGCCGGAUGUGUCCUACAAUCGGUUAGGCCGAUUUUACGUGCCACCUUGAGUGGUGUACGUGUCCCGAUACCUAUGCUGCCUAGAAUAUGAGCGGCAACGGGAAUCAGGUGCCGUUGGCGCCUAGUCAACGCGGACCCGGACCUUAUCCACGGGCGUCAACACCACACAGACCGGUGGAUUGCUACCACCCAUCAGGGGCGUCAGGGGCUGCCUACAUGGCGACCGCGGCCGGCGGGGCGCAGGCGUCGGGCCAGGCGUCGCUCCGCGUGCAGCCCACGCCGCAGCCAUCGGCACCGCCGGCACCUCAGCAGGACAUGAAAACAACGAUGGCCGGCCAUAGCUACGUGGCGCAGCAGAACCAGACGCCGCAAGCGAGGCCGCAGCAGCAGUACCAGAACUUCCAGUACAGAGCGACGCAGCACGGAGCAAGACCUAACACACAUCCCAGGCAACAACAGCCGUACAUCCCAGGCACUGCCGCGACUGCCACUGGUCCUGUCAUGUACCACCCUAUCGUUUUCCAACCGACUCACAUGGGUAUGCAAACGUACCAGCAGCCUAGGUCCAGUACACCAGGAUAUUAUCCAUAUAUGGCGCCGUACAUAAGUUAUAGCAAUCCUCCAAGUCACUCGUCACCUUAUUACUUUACUUCCAACAAUCAGCCUCUUCCCACGCCAAAUCUUCAAACGAACGCGCCUGGUGGCAGGAGUAACCCCACCACGAUGGUCGGCCCCCAAGGGACCCCAGCGACCCCCACCGCCCCUACUGCGUCCCUGGCGCACUCCCAGGGCCCUGCUCACAUGCAUCAAACUAUACCAGGGAUACGCCAGCCGCUGCAGCCGACGAAGCGCCCGAGCUAUAGAGUACCUAUCAUAAACCCACUUACUAAACAAGACAUUUUUUCCGAAAUAGUGUCUAAUGAAAAUCAAUAUCUAAGUGGUGACUCAAGUGGGAGGCAAACACCACAACAAGAGCACCCGCAGCAACCCACGCAUAGUGUUGCUGAAGAAUUUACAAGAAUGGUUAACGAAGUUGCUAAUCAACCAACUUCAAGUGAAAGUGCCGCAAAAUCCUCAAAGAAUCCCGACGUGCCUACAUCAACUUGUACACUGAAUUCUCAACCUCAAACAAAUGCAAUAACCACUUUAAAUAGUAAUAUAGGAAAGUCUGAUAUAUUAUCUAAUAAUGAAAAUAAGAAUUUAGGACCUGAUAUUGCUGUAGAACCUAUUGAAACACCAGUAGUGUCAGCAAUAUCAGACAGUCCUGUUAUAGUGCCUAAAAUGCCUAAGCAACUCCAAAAAAAUAGUGAUCAGAUCGUUCAGCCUUUAGUUCUAGAUACUAAUAAGAAUCUGCCUGCUAAUAAGCAACAUAAAACACAUAAAAACAAACCACUCGUGCCUCAAGUUGAAGACGUGGACAAGUCCGCGGAUAACAGUAGUACAGUAGUAGCCCCCCAAGAAGCAGCGGCCGCGCCGGCCCCGCAAGCCCCCGCCGAGCCCGCGCCCGCCGCUGCGCCCGCGCCGCCCCCGGCGCACGCCGUACCACCCUCAGUUGUCCCCAAUCCUUCGACCGUGCAACUCCCGCAAAGGGUUAGAGACAACCGACAACGACUGAAAUCUAGUGAAGAAAAAGAAAAACUUAAGGACAAAGACUUAACACAAGACAAAGAAACUCCGCCCACGUCGAACAAACCUAACGGUCCUACACAUCCUGUAGUGACUAGUUCAGUUGAUAGUUUACAAGAAGUUAUCAUCCCUCCAACUAGUCAAAGCAGCCAAGCAAUAAGUGCAGAACCAGCGACAAAAUAUCCAAACAAACAUUUCUCUACACCUCUGGAAACCGAGAAUCCAUUGUUUAACGAAAAAAAAGUUGAGACUGUUAAAAAGAGUGAGCAUAAUCCUUCAGAACCAUCAGGACCAACUGCCACAGAGCUGUUGUCUGCAAGCAUUGAAAAGGUUGCUAAGGAGUCAGCAGCAGCUGAGGCAGUAACAGAGCCCAGAGACUCGCUCAUAUGUGCAAUAGAAGCUCAAGCUAAACUAACACAAAGCUUAGCCAGCUGCCUCCGCACUAAUCAAACUGAAUCUAAAAUGAAAGAUAUUAAUCUUAACAAUAAGACUACAGAUCCCGACACUGCCAAUGGAAACACAGAUGUAACUAAAACUGAAACUGCCAAGGAAGAUUUUAAUAAAAAUGAAAAGGUUGUAAAGAAUACUAAGAAUAAUAACAAAAAGUCUGGAAACAAAAUGGCUAAUAAUGAUAACUUGAAAGAGUUGGAAACAUAUGAAAAUGGUAAAGAUGAGACUGAUAAAGUAAGUGCUAUUGAUCAGGAGAAUGCAUUGCCCAAUAAAGAUGAGAUUUUGCCUGCUGCUCCUGAAGAGGCAGAGACAGCCCCGCCCGUAUUUGUACCCAAAUACAAAUACAAUGAUGAUCAAUGGUCCCCAGUCAACAAAACUGGUAAAAAGUGCUAUGACCUAGGACUGCUAAAACAAAUAAAAGAUGAUCCUCUUUCCAAGAACAAGCCCAAUGUUCCUCUAUUAGAGGCAUGUAACAUAAUUAGGUCCGCACCUAUUCAAGAUCAGCUGUCAUUCUCUAUUUCAAGACCAAUGAAUGACUCAUUGUUCCCAUCCUUUGCCAAAGGGCCGGGAAUGGGUCCAAGGAGUAAUACCCCUCGUGACCCCAAGAAAGAUGGCAGGAAUAUGGCUCCUAGUGGUAAAGGCAGCAUUAAAAUGACGCCCACUCCUAGUGGAAGCAACUCCCAGAAGAUGGUAUUCGUCUCACUGUCUUUGAGAGAGGAAGUCAAAUUAAAUCAAGUUGAUUCAGCUUGGAAGCCCUCAAGGUUCAGGAAAGAGAGUGUCACUGAAGAAGAGUUCAAAACUCAAGAGUUAUACAAGAAGUUUAGAGGUAUUCUUAACAAAUUGACCCCUCAAAAGUUUGACACUUUAUUAGACAGAGUAAAGACUCUUGAAAUCAACAAUCAAAAGCGUCUCGAAGGUGUCAUUGAUCUGGUUUUUGAGAAAGCCAUUGAUGAGCCAAACUUCUCUGAAGCUUAUGCAGCUAUGUGUAACAAGCUAUCUACCCUAAAGGUACCUGCUGAUAAUGCGGCUAAUCCAGAACAGUGCGUCAAUUUCCGGGCUCUUAUUAUUAGUAAAUGCCAAAAUCAAUUUGAAACUGACAAAGUAGAUGAACAAGUGCUGAAACUGGAAAAGGAACUUGCAGAAUGCACUGACCCAGCCAAAAAGAAGGAGUUACAGCUAAUGCUAAAUGAAGAAAACAGGAGAGUAAGAAUGAGAUCAGUGGGAAAUGUUAGAUUUAUUGGUGAACUGUACAAAUUAAAAAUGCUCACAGCUAAAAUCAUGGUCUAUUGUAUGAAUAAUUUGAUUGAGAAGUUAGAGGAAGAGAAAUUAGAAUGUCUUUGUAAAUUGCUCACUACCAUUGGCGAACAAGUAGAAAGUGAAGUAAGAGAGCAGUUGGAUAAUGUUUUCAAAAAGAUGCAAUAUAUUGUUGACCGAAAAUCGAACAAGAUUAGCAGCCGUGUUAGAUUUAUGAUCCAAGAUGUGGUCGAGUUGAGGAAAAGGAGAUGGGUUGUGAAGAGUGUCGUCGACUCUCAGCCUAAGAUGAUGGAUCAGAUUCAAAAAGAAGCUGAACAGCAACAGCGUCACAUCGAGAUAAUGAAUGCUUCGCCAAUGGGCGGUUUCCGUGGCGGACGUGACGACGGUGGCAGAGGAAAGAGAGGUGAAGGAAGUCGUAGACAGGGCGGCGGGAACUCCUUCAUGGAGAGCAAUAAUUGGAAAACUCCUAGGAAUAGUUAUACUGUGGAUACAUCUAAAUUAAAAGCUGCAGGUGCUGCUAAUCCAAAGAAUUUGAGUACGAUUAAAUUGGCCCCGCCAACGCCUAGUUGGUCUCAGGGCUCAGGUACAAAGAGUACAGCUCAAGCGGGUAGCAAUUCUAUGAUUAGUCUCACUAAAAAUAACAUGUAUAGCAUGUUAGAAAAUGUUCAAACUGACCCAACUUCCCUUAGAGUAUCAAAUGUCUUUCUAGGAAAUAAAGAAAUGUCGCCUAGCUACCAUUCUAAAGGUGCUUCAAUUGAGAGGUCAACAUUCCCGCGCGGUAUUGGUGUUGAUUCUAGUGGUAGCCGCUCGGGAUCUAUCGGAUUGGCCCGCUCAAACUCUGGCAGCCGUAGCACGAGCGCGGCGCCGCCCACGCCCCCGGCGUCGGAGCCGGCCACGCCGCAGCCCGCCGCCGUCGCCCAGGAGCCCCUCCCGGAGGCCAAGAAGAAAUCUGUCAAGUCCAUGAUCGACUUGUGCCUCAUCAACCGGGACGAUGAGGAAAUGGUUGCCGACACGAAGCAGCUGUUCCCGCAGCAGUAUCAUGCUGCCGUUGUUACUGAAAUACUUAAUGUUGCUUUGGAAAAGACAUUAAAGGAAGUUGUUAUAUUAGCUAAAUCGUUGUUACAUCUUGUAUCAAGUAAUACUAUUUUGCCUGAGCAUUUUGUGUCGGGUAUAAAGGAAAUAUUCGAAUUCGCACCUGAUCUGUAUAUUGAUAUUCCCAUGUUAUAUGAAUAUUUAGGAAAGUUUAUUGCGCCACAAAUUGAGAAGAAGCAUAUCACAUUCAAGCAAACAUUUGUGGCUUCGCAAGGUAUUAUUGCAGCAAAUCAAGGACAUUUAUUCUUGAAAGCAGUUAUCAAAGAUUUGAAAGAAAGUAUGGGGCCUACUUUCGUCAAAAGUAAAUGGCAAGAAUCUGAACUUGAACUAAAACAAUGGAUGAAUGAAGACAUGGUGACCAAAUGGAUAGAAGAAAACAAUUUUGAAUUCUUAGAAGGGGAUGCCAAACCAAGUGACGAGACUAAAAAGAUAUUGACUCCUGCUGAGACUCAAAUGAAACUACUCCAAUUAAUGAAUUCUGAUGAAUCCUGUGACUGUAUAAAAGGAUGGGUGCAGGAUAAUCUUGGAAAAUCCUCAAACGAGGAUUGGUUUAUGAGAGCGCUGAUUCAAGCGAUAUGCGAACAUGCCUUGUUCGGAGCCGGCGAACCACAUUUUAACCCGGAACGUAUGAGUAAAUAUGCCGGCCUUAUUAAUGACUUUGGUGAAUCAAAACAGGCCAGAGAAGCCAGUUGUUUGUUUGGAAUUCAACAAUUAAUUCAUAGGCUAGAACAUCCACAAGGAUUAACAUUAGACAUAUUCCAAUAUUUACAUGAACAAUAUAUGAUAACUGUAGACGGAUUCAUUGCGUGGGAGGAGUCUGAAAUGGAACCAGAAGGCAAAGGUGUGAUGUUGAAAGCUCUCACGUCGUUUUUCACGAACAUCAAGGAGGCGGACAACGAGGACUCGUGCAGCGAAGACUGACGCGGGCCCCCCGCUGCGGCCGCGCCGCCGCCGCCGCCAGCGCCCCGGCCUGCGCCGCCGCCCCCGCCCCCCCUCGCAUUCGCCCCCAACGCACUCGCUUACGAUGUCUUCUAUAUUUUUAUAUAUGCGAAUCAUCCCUAAAUGGAAUACAUAGAUUAUAUUAUAAUAUUAUGAUAAUGCUUCUUAACAUAAACAAAAAUUAGAAAAAAGUUGUAUAAUAUUUUUUAAAAUGUUAGUAUAUUAACUAUAUAUCGUGAAUUGCAAUUUAAUUCCUUCAAAUUUCUCGAGUAACGAUUUCGUUUCGUUUUUAUAAAUGAUUUUUAUUGAAUGAUGUUAAUUUUAAUUCCUCUUUCAUUUAAUUUGAUCGUUUAAUUUGAAAUUGUUCGUUUUAAUUUUUAUUAUUCUUAAUGAUGAAAUCACAAAAUUAUGUAGGUAUACUGAUAAUAAUUACGUUUCCUAUAUUAUUUUAUGAAAAUCCCCAGGUAAAGCCUAGGUUAGGAAUAAUGAUUACGAUAUUAAUGAAUAAAACUGACAAAGGAUUGGUUUAUUCUCUGUGGGCCAGGUUAUAGGUCCAAUAACCAUCAUAUUUUAGCUUUUUAUUUUUAUUUGUAAUAUUGCUGCAAAUAGCAUUUGAAUUUAAUGAAUAAUUAUAUUCUUUGUGUAUUCUUGUUUUCUUACUAUUCUUACUAUAUCUUGUACUAUUUUAACGAUUCGUUUUUAUAUAAAGAACUGGUUUCUCCUAGCUAUUUUGUGUAUUUGGUUAGAUUUAAGUACAUAUAUGAAAAUCUUUUGUAUUUGGUGACUUGGUUUUGUAAUUCGUAUACAAUCUUAGUGUAAUGAGCCUGGCUUUCAGAGAAUAUGGCCAUUAAUAAGCAAUAACUAUUUAAGUCAAAUCGCACGCUGGUUCGAUUACCCACGAAGAACUAUUCUGUUAAUAAUGUAUGGGCAUACCUAAUAAUUAAUGCUAAUAUUGUUAUUCAUUAUAUUGGUCAUGUAUUAAACAAUAUUUUAAAUGUAAUAGUCUUAAUAUAUACAAAUGUUGAUAAUGGUUUGCACCGAUAGAAUCCAGCAAUCUGGAAAAUAAGAAUUGCAAGUAACUAGGUAACUACCAUAAUAGAUUGUACUUGGUGUUCUCGUUAACUAAUCCCGAUUUGCAAUAAGAUAGGUUGUGCGCAUUGCUAUUGGCAUAGACAAGUUGUCAGCCAGCAUUGUUAUUUGUUGUUGAUUGUUAUAAAAGAGAUGUUUGGGUUCUGUUGGUCAAACUUAGCACCCAUGUCUUCGCUCCAAAACUUCCACAUUAUCAAUAUUUGUUAUAAGUUUAUCUACAAAUUUGUUUGAAAUCUUAUUGUUCUGAAACAAGAUGUUAAUAUAUCUAUAUAUGUAAUCUUUUGUUUUCAUUGAUAGAAUAGUAAAAUUUUUUUGAAGAUGGAAACUUAAAUAUUUCAUGAAUAUUAAGUAUCUCAUAUUAUGUUGACGUUUAUAGUAGUCAAAUUGAUUAUUUACCUAUAAUAAUAAUUUUUCGUUCUUCGUUACGACACUCAAAAAAAUCCUGUGCACACAUCUAAGUACAUUCUCUUUAUAUAAAUUGCGACUUUAUAAUUUUUUAAUAUUUUAUUGUUUAAUUUUAAUUUUAUUAUAGCGCCUCAGUUAGCUACGACGACCGUCUCAAAUCCCCGCGCCCGCGUUUGGCGGCGAGCGCGGCCCGGCAAACGCCCUCAAUUGUUUUCAAUUCUACUCUGUGUCCGCUACUGAGUUUAUUUUUAUUACUAUAGCUAUUCUUGUCAGUUAUGUAUGUUAUGUAAAUAAACUUUUUAUGACAAAGAAAA